AUGAGUACCCGAGUAGCAAGGAGCGACGCAAAGAAGGCGAUGUCUGCCCGCCAGCCGGCCGAGAGAUCUUGCCCGGGGCAAGGGGGGUCCACCACACGGCCUACCCGAACCUCGCGGCUGAUCUCGAGGCGAGGGAAGCCCGAUCCGGUGAUCAGCUCCGACAGCGACGUCGAGCUGGUCGAGGAUCCGCGGUUGGAGCAGAGGAGGUGGCGGCUUCAGAAGGCCACCAGCGACACCGACGGCCGCAUCCCAACCGGCACCACUCAUGUCGGUUGGGCCAGCGAAGAGCCCCCUGCGGAGCAACGGACUCCCCACAGCCACGAGGAGCAGGUGGCAGCCGCCACGCUGGAGUUUCGGCUGAGCCUGGAGGCGCGGCGGAAGACGGAGGAGGCUCAACUGCGAGAGAUGGAGGAGGACCCGGAAUGGCAGGCCCGUUUGCGAGAGGCCGAGGAGGAGGAGCAGCAGUUGUGGGAGGAACCGGCAUGCCCACCCACUCCGAGGUAUGUCGCCGAACCGUGGGUGCCGCUCCAGGAGGUAGCCGACGUUCGAUAUGCCUCUCCGCCGGGCUGGCUGCCGGAAGUGCCGCUUACGCCGCGGUACGAGGGGUCGCCGACGCGACCACCCCCACCGAAGGGCGAGGCGCUCCCUGCCCGGUCGCCAUCACCGCCGCAACCGGAUACGCCACCUUCAACGGUGAGGCACGGCGGGGAAUCUCCCCGGUGGAAACCCGCGCGACCACCCACGCCGAGGUUCGAACGGCCGCCGGCGGUAGGAUCGCACCCGCGGCCGGACACGCCGCAAUGCCAACCCGGAGACCCGGUGGGACACCACGUCCGAACGGACAUCCCGGCGGCGCACGUGACCCAUAGCGUGCGGUCGUUCGUUGGCGAAGGCGUGAGGUGGCGGCAACAGACGGUCGUCUGGACAUGGCCGGAGGGCCCCGCGGAGAAGACGACGGUGGAGGAGCCCAGGAUUUGGGAGGAGACGGGACCUCGGGUGAGCCCGAUGGAUCCCAGGACCCGUGGACGGCCGGACCUAUGGACCCCGCCGACACCGAGUACGCGGCCAUCGACUCCAGGGACAGGGCCCACGACACCGGCAGCGACGCGAGACGAGGCGGAAACGGCGGAGCCUCAGGAGAGGGGACCGUGGAAAUGGCCGGAACCGACGGGAGGUGGAAGGCCAAGCUUCAAACGUCAACAUUCGGCGCCCGUGGAGCCCGCAUCGGCGGCGCGUCCUAAGUUGGCGCGGACAAUGUCGGCGCCGGAAGGCCAGCGAUGGCUGGGAGUCCCAGAGCAGGAGUGGCCCGCAGGAAUCGCGGAAGAACCAGCGGUACGCGAGGCUCGCAACCUGGGCGGCAGGCGCAGCGUGCGGAUCAGGAGUGGCGGACGCACGUAUCGCGUGAGGCUGGGGCUCGCGGGCAUGAGGGUUUUCAUGGAGCAGUAA